AUGAUAUCAAUCCAUGCCUUUGCUUCAAUCUUUGCUAUCAUCUUCUUUGCAGGAGCAGCAGAAGCAGCAUCUCCUUUGGUCACCUAUGUGUUUGGAGACUCCUUAACUGAGGUUGGAAACAACAACUUUCUUAACUCCCUCGCACGCUCCGACUAUCCUUGGUACGGACUUGAUUAUAACGGUGGCCAACCAACUGGCCGAUUCACUAACGGUCGAACCAUCGGAGAUAUCAUAUCUUCUAAGCUAGGAAUUCCGUCGCCGCCUCCGUACCUAUCACUUUCUCAAGAUGACGAUAGACUCCUCCAAGGUGUUAAUUACGCUUCUGGUGGAGCGGGGAUUCUCAACGACACUGGACUCUACUUCAUCCAAAGAUUAUCGUUCGAUGAUCAAAUCCAGAACUUCAACAGGACAAAGAUGGCGAUCAGAAGGAAGAUCGGGGAUGAAAAAGCUAAUAUACAUUGCAAUGAAGCAUUGUAUUUCAUUGGAAUUGGUAGCAAUGACUAUGUGAACAAUUUCUUGCAGCCAUUUUUGGCCGAUGGACAACAAUACACGCACGAUGAAUUUUUGGACCUCUUACUCUCCACAUUGGAACGACAAUUUACGAGGCUUCACCAAUUGGGUGCAAGAAAGAUGGUGGUGCAUGGGCUAGGGCCAUUGGGGUGCAUUCCUUCACAAAGGGUGAAGUCAAGAAAAGGGCAAUGCCUAAAAAGAGUGAACCAAUGGGUUCAACACUUCAAUUCUAAGCUCCAAACCCUCGCAAUAACUCUCAACAAAACCCUCCCGAACGCUCAUUUUCUCUUUGCAGAUACUUACCCGGUCGUUCUUGACCUCAUCACCAAUCCUUCGACUUACGGAUUCAAAGUUUCAAAUACAUCUUGUUGCAAUGUGGACACAAGCAUUGGAGGGCUUUGUUUGCCAAACUCAAAAGUAUGCAAGAACAGAAGUGAGUAUGUGUUUUGGGAUGCCUUCCAUCCCUCUGAUGCUGCUAAUGCUGUCUUGGCUCAUAAACUCUUUUCAUCUUUAUUCCCUUCUUCUUCUUCCUCUUCUCCGACGCCCUCUCCGACGCCCUCCCGUUAAAAAUUUAUAUGAACGUUCACCGAUAUUUCGAUGUUUUGAUAUACUCAAAACUAAGUUACGAUACUAAUAUGUAUAUUUUUAUUGUUCUAUAGUAAGCAUAUCCACGAAAUGUAACACAAUUUAACCUUGUUUA